GACUCACAGAGAGUCAUGUGACAUGCUCGGGUCACGUGAUAAGAUGACCGAUAAUAAAGUCAAACUCAGCAGAGAACAGCAUUAUAUCCACUUCACCGGAUCCAGGUUUACGCUGAUGUCUUCGCUGGCCUCGUGAAAUACGCGCAAGAAAAUCACACAUGGUUUUGCAUCUGAAAAUUUGAAGAGCAUUAGUUUUGCGGAUCAGCAAUCACACACACGCACACAAUGGUGCGUGCGGGUGUCGUAGCGUUAUGUGUCUGUCUGAAUGUGUGUGGCGCUCUGAUUUGUCCUGAUGGAGGGAUGUGUGAAGACGGAAGCACCUGCUGUCAAACUCCGUCAGGAGGAUACGGCUGCUGCCCGCUACCCAACGCAGAAUGCUGCUCCGAUCACUUGCAUUGCUGUUAUCAGGGUACUCUGUGUGACCUGGUACACUCCAAGUGUGUGAACAAGACACACAUUUUAGACUGGGUGGAAAAAGUCGCCACAAAGCAGCAAGCUGUAAUUUGUCCAGAUCAGGAGUCUGAAUGUCCCGAUGACACCACCUGCUGCCAGAUGCCUGAUGGCAGCUGGGGCUGCUGUGCUAUGAAAAAUGCCGUGUGCUGUGAAGAUAAGAGACACUGCUGUCCUCAGGGAACUAAAUGUGACCUCGAGCAUUCAAGGUGUGUGUCGGCAACAUAUGGGCCCUCCCCACUCUGGAGGAAGUUCGCUGCCCGUCACAGGAAUCCAUCAGAGAGGACAGCAGCUGUUCCACCUACAGACUCCAGUGAUAUUAGAGAUGUGAUCUGCCCAGAUAAGAUUUCCACAUGUCCGGAAGAUACAACAUGCUGUGAACUAGAGGCCGGAAGUUACGGAUGCUGCCCGAUGACGAGGGCUGUGUGUUGUUCUGAUCAUGUGCACUGCUGCCCAGAGGCCACGACUUGUGACCUUGUCCAUAGUAUGUGUGUGUCAGCUAAUGGUGUCAUGGUAAAGAUGGCCACUAAGAUCCCAGCCACUUCCCUGAAGCACAAAGAAAAACUAGUUCCCUGUAAUGAAACAGUAGCGUGUGCUAGCGGUACCACCUGCUGCAAAACACAAGAAGGCACCUGGGCUUGCUGCCCUUUACCGAAGGCGGUGUGUUGUGAGGACCAUGCCCACUGCUGUCCACAGGACACGGUGUGUAACCUCGCGGCGAGCACCUGUGAUGAUCCUGCUGACCUUUCAGUGUCCGUACCCUGGAUGGUAAAGGUGCCCACCUUUCCAAUAGCUUCACCCAAUCAGAAAUGUGAUGAGACUUCUUCGUGCCCUGAUGGUUCUACUUGCUGCAGACUAUCAUCUGGAAAAUGGGCAUGCUGCCCUCUGCCACAAGCAGUGUGUUGUGAGGACCAUCUCCAUUGUUGUCCCCACGAUACUGUGUGUAAUUUGGCCGCCAGCACUUGUGACAGUUCCAACGAUCAGGGUCCCCGUCUUUCUGUGCCUUUGGUGAAGAAGAUCGCCGCAGUGAGCCUGCCAUCACUGAACCAAAACUGUGACGAGACAUCGCUGUGUCCAGCUGGGACAACCUGCUGUAGACUAACCUCAGGGUCAUGGGCCUGCUGUCCUAUGCCACAGGCCGUGUGCUGUGCCGAUCAGGAGCAUUGCUGUCCGCAGAGCUACAACUGUGACUUGACUCACAAAACCUGUGUACGUUCUGGCCUUCCCAGCAUGCCCUGGUUCAGGAAACAGUCUGCGCUGAAGCAGUCUGAUGAUAAUACUCCAGUGGACAGACACAUGUGUGACGAUAAAACCAGCUGUCCUAAAGACGAUACAUGCUGCUUUAUGAACAACCUCGGCAAGUGGGGCUGCUGUCCGCUGCCAAAGGCGGUGUGUUGUAAGGAUGGAGAUCACUGCUGUCCUAGCGGCUACACUUGUAAUGAGAAGAAAACGUCCUGCACUAAAGCCUACCAUGAGAUCCCCUGGUACACAAAACAAGAGGCCAGGGUCGUGAAGGGGUCAGAGGUGCUGUUUGGAGAUGAAGAUGAGAAGUGCGACUCGACGACCAGUUGUGCAUCUGGUUCUACCUGUUGUAAAUUACCCACAGGGCAGUGGGGCUGUUGCCCUCUUGUCAAGGCGGUGUGUUGUGAGGAUCACGAGCACUGCUGUCCACAGGGCUACACCUGCAACCUCGAAUUUGGAACCUGCGUUAAACCGUCCGGUUCUCACAGUGUUCCUCUGACACGAUUACAGACACACACUGACACACAUUCAGAAGAGGAGGUGCUGUGUGACGCGUCGACAUGCUGCUUAAAGACACAGAGCUGCUGUAGACUAUCAGACUCCACAUGGGCCUGCUGUCCAUAUAAAGAGGCAGUGUGCUGUGAAGACAUGAAGCACUGUUGCCCUGUGGGAUACAAAUGUGACCCAGAAUUCCAAGGCUGCACUAAAGCUUCCACAUCUAUGUGGUGGGAGAAUUCACUUUAAAUGGAAAAACCACAGACUGACACUGAACCACAUGUCCAUAACACAAAUAUACAUCCAUCCACACACACACUCGAGUGCUUAGACACGCUACAUGUUGCAUAAAGCAUGGUUUUAAGAUGCCCUCUUCAGACAAGGGACUAUGCAUCUAGUGUUUUUUAAUAUUUCGCUUUUACUACAAUAAAAACAUUAUAUUUGAGCAG